AACGUCGUUGUCUGGUUUAUACUGUGCACUUUAGCUUGUAUCAAAAUGGCAUCCAAACGCGUAGCUGUACACACAGAGCAACAGAAAGCGGUCUCGGCAGCUCCAAAGAAGAAGAAGCCCAGUCCACCGAAGGUCACCAAGAAGUGUAGCUGUAAAGGAGACUGCGGGUCGAGAAGGUGUGGCUGUGUUCUGAAAGGUGUUGCCUGUGGUGACUCCUGCAAUUGUACAGGCUGUAUAAACCCCUUCAACAUCCUCCAAAAGUACAACGUCGACUGUGCCGCCGCAGCCCAGGACAGAUGUCUCAUGGACAACAUAUUCAAGGUUACAGAUCUGCGAGGCCGUCUGGAGGAGAGGCAUUUAUUCUACUGCUGUGAGGUAUCUGCACAACUCAAGGACAUGAUCCCCGGGCACGUCAAAUGCCCCACGCCGGGUUGUUUGAUUGCAUCGAGGUUCUCCUGGUGUCGUAACCAACCGUUUCAGGACGCCUGCCGCGGCAUGAAGCACUGUGAGAAGUGCCGCGAGUGUGUAGACGAAGGGGACCGUCACUGUGACGACUGCAACACGUGUUACUUCGAGGGCAUGUCCUGCUUCCAGUGCCCGUGCAAGGGGCCAGACGACACGGGACUUUACCCCGAUCACGUCGGGCUUUUGCAUCCGGCCGAGGCCAUUAUGAUUGCCCAGGAAAUGCUGGCUGAGUUACGUGGUGGCGAUUAUAAAGAUGACGAAGAAAGCGACUUGUCAGAUCUAGAAGACACAAGUGAAGACAGCGACUCUUCAGAAGACGAUUAGACUAAACGUGAUCCUUGCAUGACAACAACGAACGAUCGUUAUUUUCUAUUUCUAUUCUGUAGGAUAGGCUAGGAUUGGUAUGUGUUGCUCAAUACCACGACUUAGCUUUGGAAAGGGUUUUCGUACACAUUUUUGAACCAAUAGAAUGAUUACUGUUCUCACUACAAUUUGCCACAUGAAUCUGUUUUGUAAUGGUUUGUUAGCUUGCUGUUAAUAAAAGCUUGUACUCAUUUCA